GUUGACCUGAUCAUCUUUGUAUCUUUAAAAACCUAAUUUGCAGAGGUUGAUGUUACAGUAACACGUUUAUUCAUUUUAGUUUUGUUCGCUUCACUGUCUGCUCCUUCUGGCACACCAAUUCAGUGCAUUUUCCCGCAGAGAUCAUUGUGGAAUCAUAGGUUGGGAGGAUGACAACUCGAGUUUAUUGCUCAAUGAUUGCUGUUGUGUUGUGUCUGUUUGGUUACCUGAGCAUAACAGAUGCUACUCUAGGUUUGGGAUGUCUUGGGAAGCUGACGGGCUUGCUGUCCCAUCGAGGAUUUCCUUCUGAUCGAGACUGCUCUGGAGGAAGCAAAUGUUCUCGAUUUCACUUGAAGCCAGGUCAAUGUCCCGACCCGAAGAACAUUCCACUGUUUGCUGAAAGCUGUGUCCAUGAUGGCCGGUGCCCUGCCACACAGAAAUGUUGCCCAACCACUCGUGGCCAUGCAUGCAGUGAACCAAGCAGUCAGGGCCAAGGAAUGGGUCAGGGCCAAGGAAUGGGCCAGGGUCAGGGCCAAGGAAUGGGCCAGGGCCAGGGUCAGGGCCAAGGAAUGGGCCAGGGCCAGGGUCAAGGAAUGGGCCAGGGCCAAGGAAUGGGCCAGGGCCAGGGUCAGGGCCAGGGCCAGGGCCAAGGAAUGGGCCAGGGCCAGGGUCAGGGCCAAGGAAUGGGCCAGGGCCAGGGUCAGGGCCAAGGAAUGGGCCAGGGCCAGGGUCAGGGCCAAGGAAUGGGCCAGGGCCAGGGUCAGGGCCAAGGAAUGGGCCAGGGCCAGGGUCAGGGCCAAGGAAUGGGCCAGGGUCAGGGCCAAGGAAUGGGCCAGGGUCAGGGCCAAGGAAUGGGCCAGGGUCAGGGCCAAGGAAUGGGCCAGGGUCAGGGCCAAGGAAUGGGCCAGGGUCAGGGCCAAGGAAUGGGCCAGGGUCAGGGCCAAGGAAUGGGCCAGGGCCAGGGUCAGGGCCAAGGAAUGGGCCAGGGCCAGGGUCAGGGCCAAGGAAUGGGCCAGGGCCAGGGUCAGGGCCAAGGAAUGGGCCAGGGCCAAGGAAUGGGCCAGGGCCAAGGAAUGGGCCAAGGAAUGGGCCAAGGAAUGGGCCAAGGAAUGGGCCAGGGAAUGGGCCAAGGAAUGGGCCAAGGAAUGGGCCAGGGUCAGGGCCAAGGAAUGGGCCAGGGUCAGGGCCAGGGUCAGGGCCAAGGAAUGGGCCAGGGCCAGGGUCAGGGCCAAGGAAUGGGCCAGGGCCAGGGUCAGGGCCAAGGGAUGGGCCAGGGUCAGGGCCAAGGGAUGGGCCAAGGAAUGGGCCAAGGAAUGGGCCAAGGAAUGGGCCAAGGAAUGGGCCAGGGCCAGGGCCAGGGCCAAGGAAUGGGCCAGGGUCAGGGCCAAGGAAUGGGCCAGGGCAUGGGCCAGGGGAGCAGUCAUGGCCACAGUCCGUGA